CUCUGCACUGACAGAGCCUAUGGCGAACUCGUUACGUUUCGUCCUCUGCAUGGCAAACCUGGAAGCAGUUCCUCGGAAUCUUCUUGGAUGGAGGAGUUGUGUUCUCCUUUGGAGAGAACCGGUGACCCGUACGUGUUGUAGUAGCUGAUCUCAAAUCGAGUCGAGAGUACCGCUGCGUGUUGCGACUGCCCCUUAUGAACAGUCAAAAAGGGAGAAGUCUAAUCUGAGCUCUUCAUCUGCUGUGCGAUAGCAUCUUACUACCGCGUGGAUGCACGCUUCUUGUCGUCGCAGUCUAUGGUCUCUACGCGCACUCUCCCUUUGACGCGUCCAUCUCUCUCUCUCUCUCUCUCUCUCUCUCCGUCAUCGCUUUCGAUCCACUUCACGCUCACGGUUUAUAAACCCCACGACAGCGGCGGACUACGUCGAGCCCCAAUCAUCGAAAUCUUGGUUACGCCGGCAGGUCCGCUAACAGUUGCCUCUCCGUCGCUGUGCAUGGGCCAAUCCGCCUCCAGCCGCCUCACCGACGCGCCUCCGGCAAUGGGAGGCGUCUCGUUGACGAGGGACUACACCGCUGACCUCCCCGACGAGUGUCUUGCUCUCGUCUUCCAGUCCCUCGGCUCCGGCGACCGAAAGAGCUGCUCCCUGGUGUGCCGGCGGUGGCUCGCCGUGGAAAGCUGCAGCCGCCGCAGCCUCUCCCUCGACGCCCGCGCUGCACUGUCCGAUGUGGCGCCCGCCAUCUUUGGCCGCUUCGAUGGCGUCUCCAGGCUUGCCCUUCAGUGCGGCCGCCGCCACGACAGCAUCGGUGACGAGGCCCUCGCCCUCGUCGCGGUGAGCUUCCCCGGCCUGGUCAGCCUCAAGCUCCGUGCCUGCCGCGCACUCACCGUGGCCGGCAUGGAAGCCAUUGCCCGGCACUGCCCGGGCCUCCGCGAGCUCUCCGUCAGCUCCUGCACCUUUGGCGCCAGGGGCAUCGACGUCGUCCUCCGCGGGUGUCCCCUCCUGGAAGACCUCUCCAUCAAGCGCCUCCGCGGUCUCCACGACCCCUCCGCCACCGCCGAUCUCGUCGCCGGUGCCGCCUCACUCCGCUCCCUCUGCCUUGAGGACCUGUACAACGGACAGUGCUUCGCGCCAUUCAUCGCCGGAUCCCCAAACCUCAAGACGCUCAAGCUCAUCCGCUGCUCCGGCGACUGGGAUCCGCUCCUGCAGGACAUAGCCGUUAAGGUCCCCUUGAUCGUUGAGAUACACCUGGAGAGGCUGCAGGUGACCGACAGCGGUCUCACCGCCCUGUCCGGCUGCAUCGAUCUCGAGAUCCUCCGCCUCGUCAAGACGCCGGAGUGCACCGACGCAGGCCUCGCCACCAUCGCGGACCGCUGCCACCGCCUCCGCAAGCUCCACAUCGACGGCUGGAAGGCGAACAGUAUCGGCGACGUGGGCCUCCAGGCCGUGGCACAGCGAUGCACCGGCCUCGGAGAACUGGUCCUCGCUGGGCUCAAUCCCACGUACCGGAGCUUGGAGCUCAUAGCAAGCAACUGCGGCAGCUUGGAGCGCCUAGCUCUCUGCGGCAGCGAGACCAUUGGGGAUGCCGAGGUCGCAUGCAUUGCCUCCAAGUGCACGUCUCUGAAGAAGCUCUGCAUCAAGGAAUGCCCGGUGUCCGACCAAGGGAUGGAGGCUCUCGCCGCGGGGUGCCCAAAGCUGGUGAAGAUGACGGUGAAGAGGUGCUCCGGAGUGACGCCAGAUUGCGCGGAUCGGCUGGUGGCGAGCAGACACGGGAAGUUGGCGGUCAACCUGGAGGUCAACGACGGGUCGACCGACGACCAGCAACAGGAGGCAACGGAGGAGGGGAGUGCCUUGGAGGAAUUUGGUAUAGCGGCGGCCAUAGGCGGCAGCGAGCUGCCACGUCCUCUGGUCGAUGGUGUGGGCAGUCAGGGCAGGUGGCCGGGUAAGAAGAAGCGGGCGGGCUUUUUCGCCACCAGAAGGAACUUAGUGGCCUCUGCCCUAAGGAGAUGGUCUCAUGGAAGCAGCAAUUCCAGUCACAGUCGUACGUGAGAGGGGAAGGGGAGCCCUCGGCUUUCUCAGCAAGUGUAGUAUAAACCUUCGUGCUUCUCAACAAGUUGUAGAACUGCUGCUUAAAACACAGUGAAACAUCAACAAUAAUAACAUAUUUUUCUUCAUAAUAA